UGGGCUUCCUGGGGCCGCCAUGAUGGGUUUUGUGUGUGUGUGUGUGUGUGUGUAUAUGUGAGUGAAGUGUGUGUAUCAGUAUGUGUGAGUGAGUGAAUGUGAAAGGGAAGGAGGAAGAGAAGAGAAUGAGAGAGACUGAAGGAGGGGGUUCCACCAACACCGUGGGACCUAGCUCUCUCACCUCUGAGGAGCUGUGGGGGGGAUUGAACCCCACUCCCCGAUUUGCACAUUUGGAGGGGGGUGGGUGGGUUUAAAACCCUCCCUUAUGUGGGGGGAGGGACAGCUGGGCAGCGCAGACCCCCCCUUGAGGGAAGGAGAGGGGGGCACUCGACUCCCCCCUUCUUGUUGUAGGACGUGGGGGCUAGAAGUGAGGAAGGCUUAGAGGGCCCCACCCCGUUCAAUAAGCAAGGGUUUUGCCAAGGUUAACAGACCCCCCCCCUUUCAUUGCUUUGGAGGGGGAGAGAAGGUUGAGAGAUUGCUAAGGGGCUGGGCCUUUUUCAUUGAGGCGGGAGGGAGGAGGAGGUCAGAGACAUGCCUGUAAUUUAAAGGGAAGAGCUAAACAAAAUAUUGUUUGGGGACAGGUUUUCCCCUAUCCCCUUUUGAUCCCCUCCCCCUUCUGCUCCAAAGUGAACGGAGAUGUAGUUGGACUAACAAGCAAGGAAGGGGCAAAUCCUUUCCUCCUCCUCCUCCUCCUCCUCCAGUAAGCCUAAAGAGUGGGGAGUGGGCUUAGAGAGGGGAGUGGUCUGCCUACAUUUGAAAAGGGAAGGGUGGGUGUUCGGGCAACUAAGGAAAAUCUCAGUGGUGGGCAGAAGAGGAGGAGGAGUCAGGAGGAAGCAAGGAGGGUUGGGGGGGUGACUGGAGGUUGCACGGCGCGUAAGCAAUGCCAAGGCUUCAUCCAAAAUUAGGGGUGCAGAGGGUCCUUGAGUAGGUGUGUGGUACAGUGGGGUCUUUUUAAAAUAAUAAUAAUAAUAAAUGUUCAAGGGAAGGGAAGCCUUCUCACACAGCAUCCCCUUGUUUUCUCCCAAGGGCAAGGAAGGAAAUAGUGGAGGGUAGAACAGGAGAGAGGUGUGAGGUGUGGGGGAACUGCUGCUAUGAAUCUGUGAUCACCUCUUUGGGGAAAUUGACCCGCCCCUCCGACUCUUCUCCACCCCCUAUUUUUGUGGGGGGGGACUAAGGGAGAGACGCACGCACACACAAAUCCUUCAACAACUGGCUGGAUCUCUUCUCUCUUCCCCCCCCUCCACUGCCCACCAUGACAACAAACCCAGCAUUAGAAUCGCCAUCCGCCCCAUGGCCACACAGCAGGCUGCUGAUGGAUGAGGAAGAAUCUUUGGUGCCUGGAUGCGCUUCCCAAAGCCCAGAGAGUAGCUGAAGCGGGACGUAGCCAAUGUCGUCCAGCAAAGGGGCGGGGGCUGGAGCUCGCCGGCGGCGGACGCGGUGCCGGAAGUGUAAAGCUUGCCUGCGGUCGGAGUGUGGGGAGUGCCACUUCUGCAAGGACAUGAAGAAGUUUGGGGGGCCUGGGCGCAUGAAGCAGUCGUGCCUCCAGCGGCAGUGUACGGCGCCAGUUCUACCUCACACAGCUGUGUGUCUGGUGUGUGGAGAGGCCGGGAAAGAGGACACAGUGGAGGGCGAAGAGGAGAAGUUCAAUCUGUCACUCAUGGAGUGUACCAUCUGCAACGAGAUUGUGCAUCCGGGCUGCUUAAAGAUGGGGAAAGCUGAAGGGGUCAUCAACAACGAGAUUCCAAACUGUUGGGAAUGUCCCAAGUGUAAGAGAGAAGGCAAAUCGAUGAAAGACUCGGGCGACGGCACAGGGAAGCGACGUUCCGACAAUGGCGAGGACGGCGUCCGGUGGAAGUUGACGGACGAGCCUGCUCAGAACAAGAAGAAGUUGGUGCCGGCCCCGCCUUUGCCCCCACCAUCCACCGAGGAGGGCCAAGUGCAGGCUGGAGCCCACAAGCGGAAGAAGGAGAAGGAGCUGCCGCCCCCGGAUACGGGGCCCAAGAAAAAGUUAAAAGGCACGCGGGAAAAGCAUUUGAAAAAGGCUACUGAGCAGCAACCUGGUGGGAACAAGUUGCAAUCCAUGCAGACCUGGAGCCGUAUGGGCAGUGGGGACUUUGAGGUGAAGGGCACCAUUUCCCACCCCUCCAUCCACCUGAAUCAGAUCACCGCCAGCGACUUAGAGGACUAUAUCCCACCUUUCUUCCAAGGAACCGAAGGCAGCAUUGCAUGGCCUGCCCCCGUUUUAUCCUUACAACCACCCUGUGAGAAACCGAAGGGUCCUCCAGGCUCCUUGGAACCCUCGACCCAGUCGGACAAGUCCCAUCAGCGAGAGAAGCUGGAGCGCUUCAAGCAGAUGUGCCAGAUGCUGGAGCGGGUGAAGAAUAGCAGCAGUUCUAGUUCCAGUUCAGACUCGGACUCUGACACGGACUCCCGGGGCUCUGACGGCUCCAGCGAGGGCGUAUCAAGCCGAGCCGCCUCCCCGGCCACUCGUUCCCAGCGCCUGGCUGCCUUGGGCUUCAGCGCCAGCGAGGACGAAGAGGAGGAGGAGGAGGAGGAAGAGGAAGGUGGCCGGCGCAAUGGCGGCUCGGAGACAGCGCGUAACGGCAAGCAGCCAAAACCUCGGGGGAACUCUCAGGAGAAAGAGAACAAUCAUCGUCCGUCCAGCCGGGGCAGCGAGCGGGCCAAGCAGCAGGUGGGCGGGCGCAAGGCGGGCCGGCCCGCUGGGCAGACAGGGCUCCGCAUGGUGGCCCGGACUCAGUUCCUCAACUGGCCCUUAGUGCCCUCCCCUCCCAAGCCUCUGCUGCAGCUGGAGAGGCACGUGGUCCGGCCGCCCCCCGACAGCCCCGAACCAGACUCCCUGCCCUUGGACAGCGGCUCUGACCACAUCAUGCAGCGGGACGUUUGGUUGGCCGUCUUCCAAUACCUCAGCUAUCGGGAGCUGUGCGUCUGCAUGCGGGUGUGCCGGACGUGGAGCCGUUGGUGCUGUGACAAGCGGCUUUGGACGCACAUUGACCUGAGCCGUCGGAAAUCCAUCACUCCCUCCAUGCUGAGUGGCAUCAUCCGCCGGCAGCCAGCCAGCCUCGACCUCAGCUGGACCAACAUCUCUAAGAAACAGCUAAUGUGGCUUCUCAACAGGCUACAAGGCCUCAAGGAACUCAUCCUGACAGGCUGCUCCUGGUGCUCUGUGUCAGCGCUCAGCACAGCCAACUUCCCCUCCCUGCGGCUCCUGGAUUUGCGUUGGAUCGAGGAUGUCAAGGACUCUCACCUCCGUGAGCUGCUGUUGCCUGCCACGGAUGCCAAGCCGGGCCAGACUGACAGUCGGGGUCGGCUCCAGAAUGUUUCCGAGCUGCGGCUCUCUGGGCUGGACAUCACGGACUCUUCGCUGCGCUUGGUGAUCCGGCACACCCCCCAGCUUGCCAAACUGGAUUUGAGCCACUGCAACCAUGUGGGCGACCAGUCUGUUAACCUGCUGACCGCUGCUAACUCCCCACUCCGAGAGACCCUUGCCGAGCUCAGUCUUGCCGGGUGUAACCGACUGACGGAUCAAUGUCUGCCCCUUUUCCGCCGCUGCCCACGCCUCUCCCGCAUUGACCUGCGCACCUGCCACCACAUCACGCCUGAGGCCUGUGCCCGCUUUGCUGAGGACUCGGUCUCCAACAGCACCUCCGUCCUGCCUGCCCCCGGCUCAGCACCUCCCGGCCCUCCUUUCCGUUGCCCUGAGGAGAAAUUGCUGCUGAAGGACAGCUAAUACCCGCCCUGGGGUGGAGGCGCAGGGAGACUCUGCCUCACCGAGCUGGACAACCAGACACGGACUCUGAGAGGACCUUUUUACUUAAAGCCAUGCACUGAACCGGAGUGGCGUCUCCACCCCCUUCACGUGUGCAGCAAAGACAGGGUGGAGGGUUGUGCUCUCCCCAGCCCCGAUAUGGCCUGCCAGGGAGCAGGCCGCCUCUUGCUCCACCCCCUCGUUCCAGGACAGAGCCACGGAGUAAGUGGGGCCUGGGGUAGCCUUGUUGCUUUACAAUGCUGGGAAAGUCAUAUUCCUCCUCCCACCAUGCACUGCGUCGCCCCGUCAUCCUCUCCCCCAAAUCAGUCUGUGCCGCAGUUGGUACCAUGCUGUCUUGGGAUGGGGGUUGACACACAGCCUUGAAAUGCUGACUCUGGAGGAAGGCAGCUUAUUGUAUGGUGUCAGUUUUUUUUUUCUCACUCCAACACCCCCCCCCAACGCAACUGUGCACUCCAGCCUCAUCCAUCCCUCCACAUGCUGCCUUUAUGAUUUUGAAAGUGAGCGUGCGUGUGUCUACCUGUCUCUCUCUUUCUCCUUCCCGUCCCUCUCCAAAAACACAUUUUCAGUGUGGUUUUAACGAGGGGCUGGGGGAGCCGGCAGCUGAUACUUAGAUUCCCCCACCCCGCCUUGCCUCACUACACACCCACACUGAAAUCCCCUCCGCCCCACUUCCCUUGCAGUGUGUAGGCUUCCAAUUGCCCUGUAUGCGUGGGGUUGACUCCCUGGGUGCCCCAAAGGUGUUCUCUUUAUAUACACAAUCUUCCCCCACCAUGCAGGUGCAUGCACAGAAAGCAUCACCUGCUUCCCUUCAUGUUUCCCCCUCCCCCGGCUGAUCUGAAUGUGCAGAUGGUCUCCCAGGGGCAACACACACCCCCCCCCGGACCUUGACAUGUAUUCCUAACCUGUGCACAAAUUGCCCUGAAAAGCCAAAACCAUCACACGCGCACACGGCAAUCUGUACGUAUGCUGUCUCCGCUGCUGUAUUGUUUAUACUCCUGAUCUACAUGCGUGCACGCACAAGCCAUGUGCAGGAAUAGACUCCCUGAUGAAUGUUUCAGUGCUCACCAUGUGGCCUCUCAUUCUUCGCCCCCAGCCGCCACAGUUCACGCUUGGAUAUAUUCUGCAUCUGUUCAGAAGCCUUCCUUGCGCACACAGGGUCAUAGGAGUAUGCUCCCCAAAAUACUUCAGGUCCAUUGUGUGUUCCUGUGUGGAGACAUAUAUUGGACAUCUGCUUUUCUUUGGCAGCACACUCCCAUCUUCCUUGUUCUCAGUAAGCAGAACUGUAGCUUUGCACAUCCCUGCAUGUCACCUUGAUCCCAGUGCCACUUCAGGCCACAGAUGUGUGGACGCAUGUGUGUGUGGACAUAUUUGCACACGCAUGAAAUGGAACUUUUUUAAAAAAGUAUAUGUGUGUGUGUGUGUGUGUGUGUGUGUAUAUACACACACACACACACACAAAAAGUAUAUAUAUAAGUAUGUAUAUGCAUGCACACCACCUCCCAUUCUGAAGUGGUACUGUCCAUUCUACCCUCGGUGCAUUCAAAACAGCUCCAAAGGCCCCUUCUUACACGUCUUUUGUGGCAUGGGAGAUGCUUCAGUGCGGCUCCUUUCCACAUCACAAAGGUAGUGUCAAAAUCCUUGGGCCACAUGGGAGGGGCCGCACUGUGAAAGUAGCAUGAGAAGUGCCCUGGAGUCAGAAGACUUUGGCACUGUUGAUACCAGGAGAACAGAAAAAGGUGGACCCCAUGAAGAGUGGCCAUAUGCACCAGUCCAUUCAUGCCACAGGUAUAUUCUCUACCUUUGCCCACCCCACCCUGGUGCAUGCGCAUACCUGUUCAUCCAGGCUGCCCAACCACCUCCGUGCACACUCAUGAAUUCUUUGCCCAUCCCACAUAGGCCCCUCUACCUACAAUUCCACUCUAGUAGCAUUUCAACCCCCCCCCCCACUUGUAAGUCAUGUUUCUUCCUCGCAAUUCUUUCUCUUACACCCCCCCCCCAUGAUGUUUUUAUGGGUCAGUACUGGGAGCAAGCAGGAGGGGAGAGAUUAGUGGUUUCAGAGUAUUGUCUUUGUGUGUGUGUGAGAGAGAGAGAUUUUAAACCAUCCUGGGAGAAGAGAUGCGGCUGUCUGUCCUGACCCCACUCACCCCUCCCCUCCAUCCUCGUCUCCCUCUUUUCUUCUUUGGUCCAUAAGCUUUAAUGACCACUUUUUGGAAACCGAGGCAGGGGGAUCAGGGAGCUGCAUUCCUUUGCCAGAGCGCCAUGCCUGUUGGGUUUGGGUAGGCCAGGCCUUGUCUUAAAUUCUAGUCGCCCUCCGUCGCUAGAGUUUCAAACUUGAAUACACACAUCACCCCUAUCCCAUUGCGGGUGUUUUAUUUUUCCUUUUUAAAGAGUGUGUGGGAAGGGGGAGAAAUACUGUAGAAAAAGGCACACAAAGAAUGUUCCAGACCGAAGACGUGCCUGUUCAUUGGUCUUUUUUCUUCUUCUUUUUUGCUCCUUCCAUGCGGAAGUGAGAUUCCAUGGUUUAAUACAGACCUUAUUCCUUUCCUCUGUGUUCACCCUGUCCCAGGAGCGAAGCUUGUACCCUCUUGAGGUGCCCACUGAGUCAUCUUUUGCUUCUUUUAGAUCCUCUUCGUCACUCCACCCCCCCCCCAGUUUUGCUUUCUUACUGACUUGCUGGAGGAGGCCGGGAUGGGAUUCAUACAGUUCUUGAGCCCACCCCUUCCCAUCUUCUCAAAAGUUUCUCAGACUUUUCAGAGCCUCUUCUCUUCCUCGCCUCACCCCCGCUCCAGUUUCCCCGUCCUGCCUCCCAGGGUCUUCAUAUGGGUUGUUAGAGGGCACCAGGCAAGCGCAGCCCACCUCUGUGAGCACAUUUGGGAGGAAAGGGAGAGAUGGCGUGAGACUGGGGGUGGGGGUUUUUGUUUUUCAAAUUGGUAACCGUAACUACUUCUCUCCUUUUUUAAUAUAUACUUGAACGUUCAUUUAUUACUAAAGCAUUACUUGAAAAAAAUACGCAGCGAUAGGUUGUGGAAUUGGAGGCGAGGUUUUCGGUGUUUGUUUUUUGUUUUGUUUUUAAGGUUCUGUUGGGUGCUUUUUAUAUUGUUUUAAGAAAAUUGGUUUUGUUUUUGCUAUUGCUCUUUUUUCCAUUUGUCUACUUUUUUUAAAUCCUUCCCUCUCACUUGAUUAGCCAAAGAGGGCCGAGGUAUCUUACUUUCUCCCCUCACCCUGUUCACCCCUUUUCUGGAUUUCCCAUAGAGGAGUUUCCCUCCUCCCACAGUUAUCCCCUAGAAGCUCCUAAAGGGAGAGUAUUAAAGAUGUGAGGAGUCGGGGGGACAAUUUGGGCUAAGAUAUGAUGGAGGGGUGUGUGGGGAGGUCAGUACUGUGCAUUUGUGAAAGGGGGGAAACUAUCAAACAGACCUUCUUUCCCACAUCCUUACAAUCUUAAUCCCCCUUUUUGACACGGUGUCAAUGUGUACUUCUGGCCUUCACUUGAUUCACUGCUCCCCCCCCCCUCUGCUUGGCAUUGGACCUCCAAUCUCGAUUCCUCCUCCUGCCAAAGGAGACACUUGUACACUAAGAAAUGGCCAUCUAUGGUUUGGGGGUUUCACUGUGUGCUGUAUGGUGUGGAGGGGGUGGGGGGUGUACAAAAGCGUGAUACAAAAGGAGGGGGUCACACUCCCUGUGCCAUGGUGACCCUGCCCUCGGCUUUCCUUCCCUAACCAAGGGCAGUGAUGGCACGAUGGUGCUGUUUCAGACAUAUUGUUUAGGGUUUGUUUUUUGUUUUUUAAAAAAUGUUUUUAAUGGAUGUUUUAACGAAAAGAAAAAAUACCUCAGGUUUUAAAAGAAACGGUGAAAAGAGAGAGAAAAUUAAGAAUAUCAUCCAAGGGUGCGUUACUAUAGACUGCUGCUUUGGGGAUGGGGGGGGCAGGGGAGUCACAUGGGCCAACUCAAGAGAGGUGUCCAUGGCCAGAUGCUCACUUUGGUCAAAGAGAUGGCCACAGAUGAUAAGCCCACCUCCUUGCUCUGCCCCCCACAAUCUCUCCCCACACACACAAACACACAUACACAAUCACUCAAAAGGCAUAUGCGCAUUAAUACACAGGCAGCUGUCUCUCAAACCUAAAUGGUUUGCUCCUGGAAUGAUAGAAGAACAUGGGGAAACAUUUCCUAACACACACACACCCACACACCUCAACUGUCCUCCCUCCUCCACUCCACAGAUGUAGCCUUCCAUAAAAUGUUCCAAGGGAUUUUUUUUCCAAGAGGUAUACCAUGGAACAUCACCCGGUCACAGACAUAUAUACGCACAUAAUCCUUUCCCCAGUUUAGCGGACCAAAGCUAUAUAUUCCAACUCUUCCUCACCCGCCCCCCAACCUCCCCAAUCAAUUCUUCAUCUUUGGCUACAACUUUAAUCGCACAUGUGCCCGUGCUUUUUCCUCCUUACCUAUCCAUUGAGACAAAGAUAGCCCAGGGGGUGGGGAAUGGGAGAAAAAGAGGGGGGGGACUUUAAAAAUCCAGAUUGGAGCAAUGUGUCUUUCGCAAUGUUCAGUCUGCACAUUUCUAAUCCCUGCCCCUUGGGACUACUUGGACGUGGGGAGGGGGGCGUGAGACCAGGUUCCGAUCUGAAUUUCAGGGGUUCUAUUAUUGUACAAUAACUGUUUGCUAUAUAAAACAAAACAAAAAAAUCAAAAAAAAGGGAGUAUGUGUUUUGGUCUUAAAAGCCUGUUUUUUUGUUAUUUUCCUUCCUCCCCGGUUUUAUUUUCCUUCCAAAAGAAAUGUUGCAAAUAAAAAUGUUGGGGUUUUUAAUUA